AUUUAAAUUGAACGGCUUCACACUGAUGAGAAAAGCUCAUAGUUUGACAUAGGAUCUAGAAUCUCCUGUCUCACAGUUUGUUCUUUGUCACAACAAGUUUUCCAUAGAUCUCACGCAAGAUCAUUUCUAACAAUGACCGUGUCAUUUGGGGAACGGAUGUUUUUCCUAGGCUCAAUCUUAAUUUCGAUGAGUUCUGGACAAGGACAGGAAUGUACCACGAUAAUAGAGAAUAAGGAGUACUCAUGCUCUGGGAGAAAUUUGAAUCAUAUUCCCAACAGUCUUCCCUUCACUGUGACAUCUCUGGAUUUCAGUUUUAAUUUCCUGAGCUCUUUACAUAAGUGUGUAUUUCCUGUGUUUUUCAAUUUACAAGUCUUGGAUCUCACAAGAUGCCACAUUGUGCACAUUGAAAAUGAUACUUUCUACAAUGUGAAGAAUUUGACUACAUUGAUUCUCACUGGAAACCCUAUUACAUAUUUUGGACCUGGAUGCUUGAAUUCUUUACAUAAUCUACAAAGACUAAUUCUUGUGGAUGUUGGUCUCUCAUCCUUACAGAUUCAAAUAAAUAAUCUAACCAAGCUGCAGGAGCUUAGAGUCGGGACAAAUAACAUCCAGUCCAUGUCUCUCCCUCCAUUCAUGAGCUCCUUCAAAGACUUCAGAGUACUUGAUCUACAUGCCAAUAAUAUAUCUGUCAUCAAAACCGAGGACACAGUUGUGCUGCGAAAGAUUGGCAAAAAUGUGACUUUGAUUCUCUCUAGGAAUCCAAUAUUAUACAUCGAACCAGGAGCUUUCAAAGACAUUUAUCUUAAGGAGUUCCACAUACAAUCUGCCUUUGUUUCAUUAAAUGCACAAAAGGAGGGUCUAGAAGCUCUAACUGGUCUCAAUGUGGAUAAGUUGUUCAUAGGAAAUUACAGAAUGCAGUGGAGAGUCAACGUGUCAAAUACAAGUUAUCUUGAUGGUCUUUGUUCAUUUAAUUUCAACGAAAUAUAUUUUAUUCAGAAGGAAUGGUCUGAGAAUAAACUCCACUUGUUCCGCUGCAUGAUCAAUGCAACAAAAAUCACCUUGAAAAGAUCAUAUAUUAAAAGCAUGGAGCAUAUUCAAUUUCACCGUCUUAAGGAACUGUAUUUAGGGCUCACAUCAUUAUCUGUUGUACCAUUUAUUUCACAAAUACCCAGCUUAGAAAAACUAGUGGUGAAGAAUAAUAUGCCAUUAACAUUUUAUGGUAUCAGUGAUUUACCUCUUCUUCAGUUUGUAGAUUUGAGCGGAAACUUUUUGAUUUUGAAGGACUGCUGUUCCCAAUUUUUUCGAAGGACACCAAACAUUCGUUACAUGAAUUUAAGUCAAAACUCUGAGAUAGGGAUGACCAAUAAGCCAUUUUCUGAGUUAGACUUGCUUGAAGUGUUGGACGUCCAUCGUACAAAACUAGUUCUAGUUUUUCACUUCGGAUUUUUACAUGGUCUGAAAAACUUAAAGUAUUUGGAUGUUUCUUACACGAGUGUUACUUUCACGAGACAAAUCAUUUUUCAGAAACUGAACAAUUUGACUGUGCUUAAAAUGGCGGGAAACAGCUUUCAUGGUGAUGCAUUGAGUUAUAUAUUACAAAAUCUAACAAAUUUGGAGGUUCUUGACAUCUCACACUGUGGCAUUGAAGAAAUCUCCAGGAAAUCUUUUAUCGGCACACCAAAAAUACAGCAUUUAUAUUUAAGUCAAAACAAGUUAAUGGUUUUGGAUUUUCUGGCCCAGCCAGAGCUGAAACCUCUUACAUCAGUUUAUGUCAAUAAAAACAGCAUUACUAGCAUCUCACUUCAUGUUCGCCAAAAUUUGCCCACAAACCUUUCAGAGUUUGAUUUGACCUCUAACCCCAUUGAUUGCUCCUGCUCUCAGACCGAUUUUAUUUGGUGGAUUAUCCAAAAUCAGAACAUUCUGAAGCAACCGGAAAAUAUUUUCUGUAAAACCCUUUCACCAAGCUCAGAUUUUAGAGCAACAGACUUUGACAUUGACAGCUGUGUGCACAAGAAAAGACUCAAAAUUGUUUUAUCUGUAUUUUUCAUUACAGUCGUAGUUCUUUUAUCAUUCUUGGUUUAUAGGUUCCAGUUUUAUCUUCAGUAUUGCUGUAUUUUACUGAGAGGCUACAGAUCACCAGGUCAACAAGAAUGUUCCUAUGACGCAUUUGUGAUUUUCUCCAGCUAUGAUGAAGUCUGGGUCAUGAAUGAACUGAUGGAGAAUCUGGAGAACGGUGUUCCACCUAUUCAGCUUUGCCUUCAUAUGCGGGACUUUCAAGCAGGGAAGUCCAUCGCCUCCAACAUUAUCGAUGAAGGAAUAAUGGGCAGUCGGAAAAUCAUUGUGGUCGUGUCUCAACACUUCAUUGACAGUGCCUGGUGUCGUUUUGAGUUUGAAUUAGCUCAGUCUCGCUUUAUGAUGGAGCGCAAUGCCAACAUCAUCAUAAUCAUUCUGGAAGAUGUCGAAGAGAGAAAAACUAAGAAAGUGCUUGGACUUCAUAAACAUCUGAAGAAGAACACAUACCUAAAAUGGAGCAGAGACCCUUUGAGUAACAUGAGAUUCUGGAUACGCCUCAGGAAAGCUAUUUUAGAUUGUUAAUCUAGGCAUAUAUGUAUGUGAAUGCAUGUAAUUUGAAAUCAAAUAAACUGAAGUGGACAGUUAUUUUGCACAAGGCAAGCUGUCUGUAAUGCUCCUUUUUGUUUUU